CUCGUUGAUCCCACCUCGCUUUCGUUUCAAUUGUUGAAAUGCCACAGUAACAGGCGGCCUCCUACGCAAAGACUGCGGACGAAGCAUAUCAAGCGACAUAAUGCAAGUCUUGUUAGGUCGGUUCAGCUACUUGCUGCUAGUUUUACAUCUAGCACUAUUUUCUACGGCUGAAUUAGAUCCAAUCGUUAUUAAAGGGUCGCACUUUUUCUACAAGACGAGCGGAUCAGCUUUCUUCGUCCGCGGUCUCACAUACGAUCCAUCUACGAUAGCCAGCGGCGACAGUACGCAAAGAAUCGAUCCGCUCGCUGAUGGUCCCACAUGCCUGCGAGACAUCCCUUACAUGACCGCCUUGAACAUCAACGUCCUCCGGAUAUACUAUGUCGAUGCCAAUGCCGACCAUACCACUUGCAUGAACGCCCUAGCCGAUGCCGGAAUAUACGUCGUCACGACCCUGGGGAGCCCUACCGCCUACAUAAACCCGUAUACCGGUAGAUGGAUGGACUUCACUCUCGCUCAAUACACUAGCGUCGUGGAUUCUUUAGCUAGCUUUACGAACGUGCUUGGGUUUGACGUCGGGGAAAGACGUUAUAACCAGACCCUACCGUUCCUAAAGGCAGCCGUACGCGAUGUCAAACAGCACAUGCGCGACAAGGCAUAUCGGGAUAUACCCAUUGGCUUUACCUCGGCUAUGUUGUACCCUUAUUCAGGCUACACAGAGCUAAGUUAUAUGGCAUGCCAAGAGGCGCAGGCAGAUUUUCUGGGCCUUGCAAUGGCCGACCUCACAGAUAUUACAAGUUGCACGCCGCAAACAGAUAUCGAUGCGGCCAUCGAAUUGUAUCGCAACGCCAGCAUUCCCGUAUUCGGCAUUGAAACCGGAUGCUACACUACGGAUCCAUCAAAUGACGAUCGAACGUUCGGGUACGUAUACCGGUUCUUUGCCAUUAAUGCGACGGCGAGCUUAAGUGGUACCGUCGUGCUGGGUUUUUACCAAGAGGUAACUAGGAACUCUACUUGGGGCCUCGUGUCUGUGGGCGCCGGCGGCGAAGAAAUAAUCCCCGGGGAAGCAUAUUCGGCCCUAUCGUCUGUCAUGGCCACAGUAUCACCCACCUUUGUCGCUUCAGCAGAGUAUACUCCCACGGCCACCCCCGGCGCCGCCUGCCCCGCAGUCCGGUUCGCCAGUCCUCUUCUCCCACCACAGCCGUACACUCCGCUGUGCUCUUGCAUGAUGGACACACUGCUAUGCACCGCGAAGAAGGGAAGUAUAGAGAGUCUCGAUCCGGAGACAGCCUUGAACAAAAUCAUGGAGCCCUGUGGGAACAAUCUUACCCAGAAUUGUGUUGGUCUUGUGGCGGAUGGAGGAACUGGCCAGUACGGAGCCUUCAGUUCGUGCAAUCUCACAGCCCAGUACUCAUGGGCUGUAAACGAGUACUGGCAAACCCAUGGCGAUGACAGCUGCGAUUUGGAUGGGACAGCCGAACUUCGAGGCGCAAGGCCAGCACCCAGCGGAGACUGCAAAUUCCUGCUCGACCAAGCCGGCGAAAACGGCGAGAAGACUGUCACAGCGUUUCUCAAUUCCACUCCAGCGCCGACGAGUACUUCCGGCGCGACCACAGAAUCUACCACCGACGACGCAUCGACGGGUAAGACCAGUCUCUCCGCAGGCGCAAAAGCCGGCAUCGGCGUCGGCGUAUUCGCCUUUGUUGUUUUCGCUCUCCUCGGCAUCCUCUACUUUCUCCGCCGAAAGAAGCAGGAAAAUAAGGCCAAAGAAGCGCCCUAUGAGCACGACGAGCCGGAUCUUCCGGAGUACGUUGCACCGCGGACGGAGACUAGACAUCUCCCGCACCCCGUGCGCCCGGAAGGCCAGGGUCUGAUGCACUCGCCGCCUCCACAAUGAUAUGAUCCCUGCAGCGGAUUUGCGUGGAGUCAGUCAAACUGCGCAACGUCUUUUGAUGCAUCCGAUGCGGACAAUGCACAUAGGUUGAUAUCGCUGACGUGGGCGACGCAAGUGGACGAAGCCUCCUAUUACAGCUGUGGUUAGCAUGCGCUGGGUUCUACGUAACGUCAUUUCCUUCUCCCUGUUGGCCUCGUUUGGCGGUCGAUUGUAUGGAAAUGCUCCCUUUCAUAUACCCAUGAACGUCAAGAUCUAAAUUCUACGCUUCGUCUUCUCUUUCAGGAUUCCAACGCCCGGUGUCUGAUUCUUCGCUUGCGGUAUAUUUACCUAGGUACAGUAACUCUCGCUCUGCACCACCCCCAAGGUACCCCAGAUCGCUUGGACCUUUGUAAUCUUUGGAUGGUCCCUGCCUUGUAACAUUGAAACCUGUAUCUCGAGUG